AUGGCGUCCACCACAACCACCACCACGCUUAGCAUGAAGCUCCUUAUCGACACCAAGAAAAAUCGCGUGUUGUUUGCUGAGGCAGAUAAGGACGUCGUGGACUUCCUCUUCUCUCUUCUCGCCCUCCCGAUUGCGACGAUCGUCGGCAAGCUUGGAAAGGAGUCCAUGUGCGGAAGCUUCGGCAACCUCUACGCCAGCGUGGAGAAUCUCGACUACAAACUCGUCCUGCCGGGCGCGGAGAAGAAAACGCUCCUCCAGCCCACGGUCGUGCCAUCGGCCGCAACCACCAGCACUAGCUCUCUCUUGCUGCCGCUGCCGGCGCCCCGGCCCGAGCCGCCAAAGAGCUUCUUCAAAUGCAGCGAGUCCGGCGACUACUACAACGCCCGUUGCAGAGAGUACGUGACGGACAGUAGCAGAGCGAGCUGUCCGAACUGUGGGAAGAAGAUGACUAGGGCACUGAAGUAUGUUCCUCCUCCUCCGGCGGCGGCUGACGGCACCGGCGGCGGGCAGAGUGCGCAGAUGGGAUCCUCCACGGGAGGUGCCAUUGCCAUUGCCAAAGGGUUCGUGCAGGGGGUGGUGACGUACACGGUGAGGGACAACCUGGUGGUGAACUCCAUGUCCACCAUCUCCAGCAUCUCGCUGCUCAACACACUCGCCGUUACAGACUUCGCCGCGCUCCAGGAGAAGACCGUGCAGCUUAGCUACACCGAGGGCCUGCAGAUUCUCAAGGCAUCGCUGCAGUCCAACACCGUGCUCACUGACGUUUUCCUCAGCAAGAAGCGUCCUCGCCGUUGUGCUUGAAGCUGAAGCUCAGCUGUCCAUGUCUGGCUGAGUUGCUCGUCAAUUUAGUUGCCACUCCUAAUUUAAUUAGUGAUGAUUCAUAUGAAGUUAGAGAGAGAUUUGCUUUAUUUUUGCACACUGAUUUAGGAAAGUUCAGACCUCCUCUUCUGCCCUGACCAGAGGUUGAAGAGGCCGACCUCCUCCUCCUCCAUGGCCUCAGUAGUCUGCUCCUCUACCUCGGUAGCCUUCUCUUCCUACUCCUUGAAUAUUGGCAGCACCUUGAAUAUUGGCAGCAAUAUCAUAGUGUUUCUCAA